AUGGAUGCUCAGAAUCUGCAUGAAGGAGCUCUAGCUUUCCCCCAAUCUGUCCCAAUGAAUAUUAUUCUGUGGAAUUGUAGGGGGGCUUUAAACCCCUGUUUUCAUGUUGCUCUGAAGAAUUUGAUUGAUACCCACUCUCCCUCAAUUGUGAUUGUUACAGAAACAUGUGUUGGUGAAGAGAGGGAAAAGGAUAUCAUGGAUAGGCUUCCUUUUGAUGGGGCCAUACACGCUGACAGCAUUGGAUACUCGGGUGGUAUUUGGGUGCUGUGGAAGUCCGAUGUUGUUGAGAUUACACAAUUAGCAAAAACAGAACAGGAAAUUCACGUGUUGUCAAGUAGUGACAAGUUGGGAGGGAAUCCUCUAAAUUCUAGACGGGUUCAAAUGUUUAAGGAUUGCUUGGAUUCUUGUGAUAUGGUGGACCUGGGCUUUCAAGGGCCUCGUUUCACAUGGGAUAACAAAAGGGAGGUGGGUCAUUUUAUUCAGGAGAGGUUGGACAGGGGAUUUACUAACUCUAAGUGGAGAGGUAUGUAUCUGGAAGCAGCAAUACACCAUUUCGCCCGCACUCACUCGGACCACUGCCCUGUUUUGCUUAAGUUGGAGGAUCACGGGCCUUCUAACUUGAGUAGGCCCUUUCAUUUCCAGCCCAUGUGGAUGUCACACCCUCUCUUUCCAUGUGUUGUAACAAACUCGUGGAUUGAAAAUGAUCCCCUUAAGCUAAAUGUUGAGAAGUUCAUAGCUAAUGUUAAGAUUUGGAACAGAGAAGUUUUUGGAGACAUCUUUCAUAGGAAGAAGAGAAUCGAGGCUAGACUUAGAGGAAUCCAAACAAGUAUUGCUGAUAGGCAAAAUGAAUAUCUCCUAAAUCUGGAAUGCCAACUUAGACAGGAGUAUUUUGAAGUACUUCAAUAUGAGGAGGAAUUCUGGUCUGUAAAAUCCAGAUUGGAAGUGAAGGAGGGGUUGUGGAGCCUUAAGCCCCUUAAAGCCCCAGGGCCUGAUGGGAUUCAUGCGAGGUUUUUCCAAGCAUACUGGCAGCAAGUAGGUAACUCAAUGGUGAAUGAAGUGCUCAAGGUGUUCCAAAAUUCCACCAUCCCCCCCUAUCUAAAUGAGACCCUUAUUACUCUCAUCCCUAAGCAUCCAAGGGCAGACUGUCUGGCUUCUUUUAGACCGAUAAGCCUUUGUAACACAGUGUACAAAGUGGUCACUAAGAUUAUAGUCAAGAGAUUUCGACCUUUGUUGCCCAAACUUAUUUCGUCCCUCCAAACCGCCUUUGUUCUGGGAAGGUUAGGGUUGGACAAUAUGAUCAUCGCCCAAGAGCUCAUCCCCCAAGAGCUCAUCCAUACAAUGACCCUCAAAAAGGGGAAGACAGGGUUUAUGGCCAUUAAAAUCGACUUGGAGAAAACUUAUGAUAGACUUGAGUGGCACUUUAUUAGGGAUGUUCUUGAGCUCCUUCAAGGGGUAUUAGACAAUGAGACCCCCUCUCCCCCUACUUGUUCAUCAUGUGUAUGGAAGUGCUUGCGUUCCUCAUGUUGGAGAUGUGGGGAGAAGUUAUGGGAUCCGGUUUGUGCUUCAAGGGGUGGGCUUGCCUUUUCCCAUCUCUUCUGCGCCGAUGACCUUAUUCUGUUUGUAAAAGCUGAUUUGAAGAAUUGCAUUAGUGUAAGAGAGACUUUGGAUACCUUCUGUGAAUUAUCGGGUCAGAAAGUUAGUUUGAAUAAGUCUAAAGUCUAUUUCUCUCCUAACACUAGUCUAGAAACGAGGAAGGAGUUGAGUGAGGUGCUUGGCAUUCACUCGACCCCAAAUCUUGGCAAGUACUUGGGCUUCCCGAUAAAGCAUCCGGGCUCAUCAUCUCAAGAUUUUAAUUUUGUGGUGGAAAGGGUGCAAAACAAGCUACAAGGCUGGAAAGCUAGCCUAUUAUCAAUGGCAGGAAGGGUAGUGAUUGCCCAAUCUGUUCUUUCAACCAUCCCUGCUUAUGUGAUGCAGGGUGGGCUCGCGGGGUGUGGUGGUCUUCUUAGAGACAGUAAGGGCCAUUGGAUUGUGAGUUUUGUUAAGUCCACCUGUGCAAACUCAAGCAUUGCCGCGGAGCUGUUGGCCUUGAGGGAAGGGCUGAGUCUGUGCGUUGAAAGGGACUGUCAUGCUGUGGAAAUAGAACUUGAUGCUUCCGCAGCAAUUUCCUUAGUUGCUUGCAAUGUCAACUCUUAUGGAGACUUGUCUGGUCUUGUUGAUGAUUGCAAGGAAUUGUUGCUGCGGUUGUCUCAAGCUAAAUUAUCUCACUAUUCCAGGGAAGCAAAUUUUUGUGCUGAUGCUUUGGCAAAAAUGGGAUCGUUUCCUCAGAUAUGUCCUUAG